UAAACCACCGGAUAUGACGUACCGAACACAAACGGUCGCUUUUGUCUUACGAGUUGUUCUCGUCGAAGAUAUUUUGUAAUAAUGGAGCAUUUUACCGUUACUUUGUGUGUUUUUUAUAACUUUAUUAUUUUUUUAUUUCCCACUUUAAGGGUCUGACUGAGUCGGGAUGGUUUUUGCGGCCUUAAACGAGAGAGGGAGCGAGUUUGAUCUGCGACAAAAAGGCUAAUUAUUAGCCUCCAGGUUCGCUUCUGGAGGGGGAACAAAAAUGUCCGUUAGCGUUUCUGAGAAAAAUGAAGAGAAAAGUGUCGAGAUUGAGGUUGAGUCCCAACGAGGAGGCUCGUUUAAUCCGAGAGGAGCUUGAAAGGAGGAGAAAACUGCGAAUACAGCAGGUGCGGGAGCAGCAGAGGGAAAUCGCGCUGCAGAUCCGGCGGGAUGUGGAGCAGAGACGGCAGCAGGAGCUCCAGCAGCUGGAGGAGCAGCUGAGGGAGGACUGGGAGCGGCAGCAGAGGGACCGGCUCCUCACGCUGCAGAGGCUCUACCAGGAGAGCCUGCAGCUCCUGGGCCAGAGCCACAGGAGCGCCAGAGACAACGAACCGGAUGUGGCGGCUGCGGCUCAGAGGGAGGAGGAGAACCACGCCAAAGCAGAGGAGCGUCACCGUGAAGCUCUGAAGGAGCUCAAAGCCCAGAGGAUCAGAGAGGAGGAGAGGCGAAAACAAUCCAUUAACGCCAGGAAGAGUGCGCUGCAGACGGAGAAGGAGCGGUCGGCCAAAGUGGCCGGCCUCCCGCCGCCUCGCCCCGACCCCAUCCAGGUCAUCGACUCUGAGAAGACGCACGCCUUAAAGAGGUCGUCUCUGAACGCCUUUGCUGCCACGCGCUACCACCUGCCUGACAGCGCCGUGGAGAAGGAGCAGCAGGAGCAGCCCGACGCCAGAGAGGAGGCGGACCUGGAGGCCAGGAGACUGGAGGAGCUGCAGGGGGAAGAGAGGAGGAGGAGGGAGGAGCAGCUGGAGAAGGCUCGUCUCAGGGGGAGGCAGGCUCUCCGCAGGGAGCAGCUCAUCCAGGACCGGCAGCGUCUGGUGGGCGAGCUGGAGCACAUGCAGCAGACGGACCUGCUGAGGAGGCGGCAGCAGGCGUCCCACAUGCCUCCGCAGAUCUUCCAGCCCCUCUACAGGAGGCAGGAGACCCGCCAGGACUUCCAGAGGGAGAUGGAGUUCGCCUUUGAGGACAUGUACACCGGCGAGAGACGGGUCAAAGGUGACCUGGUGGUGCAGCUGGUACCUGAGCCUCUUCCAGCGUCGUCCACCAGCGACCAGGACCAGGAGCUGGACGUUACGCUGGAGGACAACACUGAAGCAGAGCGUGUCCAGACUGACUGUGAGGAAGGAGACGGGAGCAGUGAAGGAGGAGAGAUGAAGCCUCCUCCCAGACGGGCGCUGAUUAAACUCCUGGAUCGCAUCCGCAGCCAAAGGAGCGACUGGAUUAACGGCGCCAGCCGCGUUCCUGCAGCAGCGUCACCGACCGUCUUCACAGACCUGAUCCCAGAGCGGGACACGACCAUCGAGUCUGGAUCUCUGAGCCACGAGGCCGACAAACGCACCCCCACCCCCCCGCCAGGUAUCUGCCUCCAUAAGAACAAUAAAUUCACAUUAGAGCCUUCAGCACCGAGGUCAACGUUUCUUCUCUGUCUGUGUCCGACUGAUCCAGCUGUGGAUCCAGCUGUGGAACCAGCAGAACCGCCGCCUGCAGCAGAAACUUGCCCUCCUGGUGUUUUUCUCAGCAGAACCCAGCAAGCUGAGGAAGAGCGUAGGAUGAAGGAAGCUGAGCUGGAGGUCCAGAAGCUGCAGCAGGAGGUUCUGCUCCAGGAGCUCCAGGAGCAGAAAGCCCAACUGGAGCGGCUGCUGCUGGAGGCCCGGCAGGAGAGGGAGCGCCUGAAGGCUGCCGUCACCCAGGAAGCACUGGUCCAGAACCAGAACCAGACGGGUCCGCCCUCUGAAGCGCCGUGUCCUGCAGGAGAAGACGGGUCCACCAGGAGGGUCCGGGAACAUCAGCGCCGCCUGUUGGAGCAGAACCGGGUCCAUCAGAGGUCGGUGGAGGUCGCUCGGCAGCGGCUGGAGGAAUACCAGCGAGCUCUGCGGCUCCGCCACAACAUGGCCGCCGCCGCAGCGCCGAGGCCCCCCGUCCACCCGGCAGGCCCGGUUCCUCCGUCUGGUACCGGGUCCGGUCCUCCUUCAGCUCCUCUUCAGGCUCCGCCGUCUUCAGACGCUCGUCUAGAACCCAGAACCUUUGUGAACGUCGCCUCCAGAGGCUCGUCUGCUUCUCCUCCCGCCUCCAGCGGCGCCGUUGGGUCCAGCGGCGCCGUUGGGUCCAGCGUACCGUCAGACGGGUCGGUUCUGAACCCCUUCAGCGCCCAGCGGCCCGGCGUCACCGCUCAGCUCACUGACAGCAUAUGGGAGAGAGUUACGCAACACUUACCGCAGAGACUGAGACCGCCGCCCAGACUCCACGCCUCUGAGCCGGGCCGAACAGAACCGGACCGCCGACCUCUGGACCCGGAACCGUGGGCGGAGUCCCUGAUCUCCAGAGAGGAGGAGCUGGACUGGAGGAGGCGAGGGCUGCAGGAGGAGGAGAGGCUGAGGAGCCAGAGGGAGGCGCUGCAGGUUCUGAUGGACCCCGAUGAGGAGGUGGGCGGCGCCGCAGACCGGGUCGGUCUUAGGAUCCGUUUUCCAGAGGCGCUGAGCGGUUCUGAUGCUCCCAGCGAUGACGGUUCUGACCCAGACGGCGUCCGCCAGAAACGACUGAAGCUGCUGGCGUCGCUGCUGAGGGCCUUGGAGGAAUCGAACGGAGGAACGUUGUCACACCUGGAGGAGGAGGAGGGGCCUGAGCCAACCCCGUCUGACCGCGGAGGGAAAGCCCGACUGGUUCCGAGCGCGGAUCCUCCAGAACCUCUAGAACCUCCCGGACUCCUUCCCGCUCCACGGACCCAGAGGCCUCCUGUGACUCGGGUCCGGCUGGGCUUCAACGAGGCGAUGCCAGAACAACACGAGCUCAGCGCCAUCCAGGAGGUGGAGACUCCGGUCAACGCCAGUCGGGUCGCAGGCCCGGAAGACGCUGCAGACGUCAUCAUACAGGACGGUUCUGACAGAACUCUGCAGUCACCGUGCGCCUCCAGCUCCGGACCCGACUCAGAGACCCGACUCUGGAGGGAGCGGCUGCUGUCCGGCGCCGGAUCGUCCCCAGAAAGCAGCGGCGCCGCUACCAGGGACGGAGAACCGCUCCCAACGGGCCGAUCCAGUCCAGCGCUUCUAGGUUCUGACACCAAGGCGACCUCCGCAUCAUCGCCUGGUUCUGAUUCUGGGAGAGGAGCCGACUCCUCCCGGUCCAAAUCCCCCUCAGAGCCUCUCCGCAGAACCGCCGGUUCCGACUGCCUCUCCUCCACCACCAUCUCCAGCGGCAGCUACGUCUCCACCGACCCGGAGCAGCAGCACGGCUCCACCGGGGAACCUCGGCCUUUCAACCGGACCGGGUCGGGUUUGGGCGGCGCCGCCUCGCCAUGUGCUCCGACUCCCGGGCCAGAGGGAAACCGGACCUCUGGUUCUGCCGGUCCAUCUGCAGACUCGCCGUUCAGUGACAGCAGCAUCCAGCGCAUCAUCGACAAGUACACCAGAGAGCUCGACCUGUCCCUCGGCGCCGCUGGGGCGGCAGCAGACAGCGAAGGUCCGAGUCUGGAGGGGUCCGGUUCUGAUUCUCUGCGGCCGUCGGUGGCAUCGAGGACGGAGGAUGAAAACCAGAACCACUUCCUGGAGACGCCGUCCCCGGGUCGGCCCGCCUGGGCCCGGUUCUGUCCUGGUGACCCGUCGCUGAGCGUGGAACCGGACCAGAACUCUUUCCGGCCUUUAAGGUUCCAGCUGGCCGACCAGUCGUCCUGUCUGGGUCCAGAUGAGAGCCACUCGGUUCUGGAGCAGCUGCUGGGCCAGCCGUCGGCCCAGUCCUCAAUGAUCGGACCCGGUUCUGGCCCGCCGGCCCAUCUGGGCUCAGAUCUGGGCGGAUGGGACUCGGCUCUGAGCCGGCUGAUUGGCCGCCUGUCCCAGCCGUGCGGUUCUGAUUGGCCCGGCCGUGUGACAUCAGAACCGUCGUGGCUGGAGGAGACCCGGAUGAGACCGCUGGUCGGGGAGCUGGACGGUUCUGUGGACCGACCCGGUGGAAGCCCAGGUGGACCUGAGACCAGAGACCCAGUGGUACCGGCGCCGCUUCCCGGGGCCUCGGAUCACGGUCCGGUCCGUGUUCAGAGCCCGGUGCUGCAGAACCAACCCGGCCCGGUGGAGCUGGACUCUCUCGGUGCUGAAGAUUCGUUCCGCCCGCUGCUGGCAGAACACACCCAGAACCAGACGGCUGACCCCACCAUGACCUUUCACCUUCCUGACCUCAGCAUGUCGGACUCUGCUGACGGGAGUCCAGCCGGGCCAGAACCCGGGUCAGAACCCGGCCCGUCACCCGAGCAGCUCAGAACCGAGGAGCCAGACUGCUGCAGGGUUCUACAGCAGUCCUUCUCCCAGCUCGCCGUCUCCGAGGAAUCCGUCCUCCCGCCGGACCCGGCACCGGACUCCUGUGACCCGCCGGGCUUCAGGUGCCGCGAAGCGCCUGAACCCAGAACCUCGGCGGGUUCUGAUCCGGUCAGCGAGCGUCACGCAGAGACGAGUCCAGAACGAGAGAAGCGGCCGGACUCCUCAGGAAGCGCCCUGGAGCAAGGCAUCCUGGAGCAGUCCCAGAUCACCCUGCUGAGCCUGACCGACACCACGGUACCGGACCUGGACACGGCCAGCACCGACGACGAGGCGCUGCAGGAGGACGGACAGCAGGGGGCGGAGCCCUGGUCUGCUGAGGACACGCCUCCUUCCUGUCCAGCGUCCGUCCUGCAGCUUCACUGGACGUCCUGCAGCGUCCAGCAGGACGACGUCCUCCAGCGGAGACGCCAGGCUCUCAUUCAGAGGUCCAACCGCAGGCUGGAGGAGCUCAGAACCAGGAGUCGGGUCCGGUCCGCAGGGAGAGACCCGGUUAGAGCUGCCAGAGGACCGGAGCAGCGCCACCUGCCUGCAGCAGCGACCGGAUCCGGUCCAGGAACCGCGGAGGUUAGGAUCGUUGCUCCUGAGCAGAGGAACCAGAACCUGUCCGAGAUGCAUAAGCGGACUCGCAGACUGUACGAGCAGCUGGAGGAGGUGAAGCAGCGCCGGGCCGUCCGCAGCAGGCAGGAGGACUGGGCCAAGAACCGGCUGAAGGCCAAGGAGUUCCACAGGAAAACGUUACAGAAGCUUCGGGCCAAACAGACUCGUCAGUGACGUUAAGAUGACGUUCUGCACUAAUUUAUUUCAUGAUUUUUAUUUAAUAAAAGUUCUGAUUAUUUA